UUUGGGGAAUUAUGGACUCGGGAAACGAGAGUAAACAAAAGUCCUUAAACGAUGGCAAAGAAGCAGGAGAUCAAAACGCCUUUUCGGUGAGCGGAAAAAGCCCCACAACUCGAGCGUGGUUUGAUACCUCCACUUCUCCAGCUCAUCUUCUCAUAAGAAACGUUUCAGGGAGAGAUGAAGGGAGCUAUCGAUGCAAAGUCCACUUCAGACAUUCUCCAUCUUGGUCUCAGAGAAUUACACUCUCUGUUAAAGAUCCUCCAGGCUUCCCGAGGAUUCAGACAGAAUCCGGUGCUCGGCUCGAGGGUCCCAUUGGUCCCUUCGAGGAUGGCACCGAAAUACGCUUGGUUUGCGUCACGUCUGGAGACGGUUCUGCUCGCCUGGCUUGGGGUGGUGACAUCACACAGGCGGGAUCUGUCGCCCGUGAGUCGUCUGAUCCCGCAAAUCUCGCCCGCCUGACGUUGAUGGCAUCACGCGCUACCGCAGACUCCAGAGUGACGUGUUCAACGCUCAAUUCAACGGCACACACGCCCACCUUCACUGUUGAAGUUAUCAUCAGAACGCCCGUGAGCCAGAACGUGAGCGAGAGCACCGUGAGCCUCGUGGCAGGGCCAGGCGACGAUGGAGCACAGCUUGUCUGCAAGGCGUUCUCUACCAACCUGCCUGGCACUGUGUUGCACGACCAAACCAUCCUCGCUGUAAACUGCACUGAUCUUAACCUGCCUGGCACUGUACUGCACGACCAAACCAUCCUCGCUGUAAACUAUAUUCCAGUGGCAACUUUGAACGUCGCUACGGGCGUGACGGGCUCGGGUGGCACGUCAGACAACAACGUCGUCGAGGACCUGGAGCAGGUGACGAGCAGUCGGGCCCGUCCUGGCGAGAAAACCAGCAUCACCGUCAGGGAAGGAACGACCGUGGCCAUGACGUGUCACGUCAUCGCUAAUCCUUCUGUUUAUAAUGUUACUUGGUUCCAUAAUGGCAAACCUGUGUCGGGACCACGUUUUGGUUUGGGUGUUCGGGGCGACUCUCGCCUGCUGCGACUGCGGGCAAUAACGCGUGACAAACGCGGCCUCUACACGUGCGUUGCCAGCAACGAUGAGGGCGACGGACAGAGCAACGCCGUCAACAUCAACGUAGAGUACGCACCAGUGUGCGCGUCAGGGCAGCAGCAGGAAUACAUCGUCCCCCGGGGUGCUUCUGUCACCGUAUCUUGUACGGUGGAGGCCUUCCCGCCCAGCGUGACCUUCACUUGGGCCAAGAAAAACCUGGCAGCUCCAGCAACUCGUCUGCCAAACGUCGGGCGCCCCGAAGGGUCAGUGGGACGCUACACGGUGCCUGCCGUGUACGAAGACCAGCUCGAGAUUCUCUGUUGGGCAAAGAACGUUGUCGGCUCCCAGAAAGUUCCUUGUUCAUACUACAUUUAUGCUCAGGGGCGGCCGGGACCAGUAAACAACUGCAGCGUCAGCAACCACACGGCCACGGGCUUUGUCGUGUCCUGCCACGGUUGGCCACGACGGGGCAGCCCACUGGACUCUAACUACACCCUGCUUCUGUAUAAUCAGGUGGGUCGAGUCAAUCCCGAGUUGAUGGGAGAAGAUCUCACUGGAAACUUGGUGCCGUCGGUGACCAAUUUCAAAGAGAGCCCGCAAGUCAAAGGGCAACAUCACCCUGGAAUGACCGUAGCCGAAAUUGGCCUGCAGAGAAACACGGUCUCUAAACCAGCAACCGAAGCCACGGCAGCAAAAGAAGAUGCAAUACCGCGGUCCAGCGUCCUCACAUCGCUCGGAGAUUUGGUUCGAAACAUCACCAGCACAGAACCUUUAUUUGUGUCCCCGAGCUUACCCAUGUUGUGCCCCCUCUUACCUUUCCUCCGUACCCCACGAUUGCCCCAUGCUGUGCCCCCACCUCUUAACUGUCCCCCGUACCCACGCUUGCCCAUAAGAUUACCAGGAAGCAUAGCCAGGUCUCCCCUGAACAUCCCAAUCGCUCGCUCCGAGUCCGGCAGCGCCUCCAUCGACAAGAACGGCCACGGUACCCUGACGAGUAUCUAUGAUACCGUUGGACGACAAAUGCCCCCCCAGGGGCAAGACGGGGGCACCCCAUCGUCAGGUAGCAGCGGUCAGUCUGAAGCAGGGGGUACUGUGAUAAUCCCACCCAUGUUCCUGCUGCUAGCAGGGUCCUUGGUAGCGAUUAUCAUGGUGGCAACUAUCGUCAUAUUCACCAUCAGAAGAAGGGGCCAAAUCAGGAAGAGGAGGGAAGCUGAACAGGUCAAAAUCUCCGAAAGUCAAGAAUAUUAUCAGGCACAAGAAUCAGUCACGGCAGAAACGGUUAUACCAAACUCAGGUGUUGAAAGGAAAACUUCAGGGGCAACAGAUGAUCAAAAUUCGUCCUGCGACUCUGACUCGACGCACUUGAAGACCCACAAGGUAACAGUGGACGUGCUUGGUCCAGACUCCGGUGGACCAAUGGACGGGAGAGGGAACCAAGACGGUGUAUCCAGCGAUAGCAACGAAAUGCUGAUAACACCUACGCUGGGGCGGGAGAAAGGGAUUAAUAUCAUUGCUCUGGGCGAGAAGCCCGCAACUAAUUUUGACGCGUCAGCAGUUUUGACCUCUGCAGGAAAUUCAGGUUUUCGUGUCAGGUCUGGCGUCGACCAUCAAUCUACAAACUUUGGAGUGCAAACUUCUGGCAUUUUGAGAAGAUCUUGUUUAAAUUCCACUCCCAAUUUAGCAACUAUCAGUGGUCUCGCUGGGGAUUUAGAGUACAAUAUUGCAGCUCACGGUGAGACGAAUUUGUUGGGAAGCGGUGCAUUGCAGAACUCUACGGGACACGCAACCCUUGGUCGGACACCGUCUUUCAGCGCAGUUCGUAACGGGACAAGUUACCCGGCGACCCUGGGAAGAAAUUUGUCGGGCUUUGCAGUUCUCGAGGUGGAUCGCCUUCGCCACACUUCACCGUCUCAGCCACUAGGUAGGACGAUAACGAGCACAUCAUUCCCAUCACCACCAACAGUGCCCAGCAGAUCAGGGGUAGUUUUUUCUUCCACUAUUCCUACAUCCAUCUCCACGAGGCCUCCAUCGCAAAGCCAAAUCUCACACGAUGGAUCUAUAGCACAAUCAAGCUUCAACAUGGCCAAAAUCCCAUCUUCCGUAAGCCAAAUUACAUUUAGCGGGGAUUUCUCCCAACAGCAGUUCACAGGUUUCACGCCGCCUCCCCCGCAACUCACUAUGCCUUGCUCAACUAUUGCUAGGACUACUAAUGCUUCUUACCCUCAUGCCCAUAUCCUCCCGCCCUCCCUAUGCUCAGGCGCCGAAGCACGAAAUGUUAUUUCUUACUUCGACGUACGAAGCGGAAUACCAGGAGUACCGACUACUAAUUAUGGAAUACCGUUAUCUCCUGGUAUCAAUGUUACGAUGGGAGGAAAUUCAACGGGGGUUCUGAAAUUGGACAGCGUUAAUCAAGUUUGUGGUGUCCCGGUAAGCGGAAGUAGAGCCCCGACUUCGGUAGUUGACAAGGGCGGAUCACAAAAUUUUCAGUAUGACAAGAGCGAUGAAGUUCCUGGGUUUACCAAUUUAACGCCGACUGUAAAACCAUUUAGUGAAACUUCUUUGGCUCGCCCAAGUGAAGCAUGUGAAAGAAGUGACAAUACAGAGGCCUUGAACACAAGCGGCAACGUGAGAAUUGGCUCUCCAUCUCGCAGCGCAAUGAGACACGGAGCACCGAGCAUCGGUCCGAAGCCGACGGUGUCUUUUGAUAUCGACGAAAACGUGCCUCAAACUUCCAAGAAAAAAUCAGAUAUCCAGGAAAGUUUAAGCUCUUUGUGAGCGUAUUUUGAACAUGUUCAUCAAUAUAUAAGUAAUAAAACUUAUGGUUUGUUGUGUUGAGGACACAAAAAUUUAUGAACGAGCGUUUGAACAAUAUUGAAAGUUACAAAUCUAUUGAGAUUCUAUAUAGAAAAAUAUUUACUCCAUUUUAAAUGAGGAUGAAUUACCUUUUAUACGCUGUUUUCUAUGGCUUUCGUGGAUGAACUUCAGCUGAAGAUGUAAAUAAUUUAGGUUUUUCAAUAUAU